GCUCUUUUUCAGCAACUUUUUGCAGCGCGCACACCUGGCCAUGCUCCGCGCCUCGCGACCGUCAGUAUGGGCCUCCCGGACCAGCGCUCCCUUUCUGCGCUCGUCGCCUGCCACUGGCGCAUCCAUCCGUAGCUUUGCCUCAGUCACGGACCUGAAGAAGUACCCGGCAGCCGGCUCGCAGCUCCACGGAUUCACCUUGAAGCGCGCCAAGCACGUCCCGGAACUGGAGCUCACUGCUCUGCAUCUUCAGCACGACAAGACUGGAGCCGACUACCUUCAUGUCGCCAGAGACGACUCCAACAAUGUCUUCUCCAUUGGCUUCAAGACCAACCCGCCCGAUGACACUGGUGUGCCACACAUUCUGGAGCACACCACGCUCUGCGGCAGCGAGAAAUAUCCUGUUCGCGAUCCCUUCUUCAAGAUGCUUCCGCGCUCGCUGUCCAAUUUCAUGAACGCCUUUACCUCUUCGGAUCACACCACGUACCCUUUCGCCACGACCAACCCCCAAGACUUCAAGAACUUGAUGUCAGUGUACCUGGAUGCCACUCUGCACCCGCUGCUGAAGGCGAAUGACUUCACUCAAGAAGGCUGGCGAAUUGGACCGGAGAACCCGUUACAGCCUGCCUCUGCGGACAACCAAUUGGCUUUCAAGGGCGUCGUCUAUAACGAGAUGAAGGGCCAAAUGUCGGACGCGAGCUAUCUGUACUACAUCCGGUUCCAGGACCACCUGUUCCCGGACAUCAACAACUCGGGAGGAGAUCCGCAGAAAAUCACCGACUUGACGCACGAACAGCUCAAGAAGUUCCACAGCGAUCACUACCAUCCUAGCAACGCAAAGGUCUUUACGUACGGUGAUAUGCCGCUUGACGACCACUUGAAGGAAAUCGGGUCGCAGCUGGAUAGGUUCCAAAAGAUCAAGGUGGACACUGAUAUCAAGACGCCAAUCAGCCUCAAGGACGGACCGAAGAACGUGACCAUGAAGGGGCCGGUGGAUCCGUUGGUACCACAGGACAUGCAGUACAAGACUUCCACAACAUGGUUGGUGUGUGACACGUCGGACGUCCUGGAGACUUUCUCGCUCGGUGUCUUGUCAUCGCUUCUUUUGGAUGGUUACGGUUCGCCUCUCUACCGUGGUCUGAUUGAAGCUGGGCUGGGCCCCGACUGGAGCCCGAACACGGGCUUUGACGGUUCUGGCAAGACUGGCGUUUUCUCCGUUGGUCUCAAUGGUGUCAAGCAAGAGGAUAUUCCCAAGGUCAAGGAAGCCAUCUUCAAGACUUUGGCGGAGGCGAAGGAAAAGGGCUUCAGCAAGAGCAAGGUCGACGGUAUCUUGCACCAGUUGGAGCUUGGUCUCAAGCACAAGACUGCCCAUUUCGGUAUGGGCCUUAUGCAGCGUCUCAAGCCCGGCUGGUUCAACGGCGUGGACCCAUUCGACGCGCUGGCGUGGCAAGAAACCGUGGAUGCUUUCAAGUCAAACUACGCGAAGGGAGGCUACCUCGAGGGUCUUUUGGAGAAGUAUUUGCUCAACGAUAACACCCUGACAUUUACGAUGGAGCCAUCUGAGAGCUAUGCGCAGGAGCUGGUGGUGGAGGAAACUGAGCGUCUGGCGAAGAAAAUUCUGGAUACCACUAAGAACUUUGGUACCGAAGAGGACGCCCACAAGUUCCUGGAACAGCGUGAGGUGGAACUGCUCGAAGAGCAGGAGAGCGGUCGGAAACAGGAUCUCAGCUGCUUGCCGACGGUUCAUGUCAAAGACAUCCCACGACAAAAGGAGAAGAAGGAGUUCCGUGACAGCAAGACGGGCGAUGUCAAGGUUCAGUGGAGAGAGGCGCCAACCAAUGGUCUGACCUAUUUCCGCGCUGUCAACGUCUUCAAUGACCUCCCUGACGAGCUGCGCGAGCUCAUUCCCCUCUUCAGCGACGCCAUCAUGAGACUUGGUACCAAGGACAAGACGAUGGAAGAGCUGGAGGAUCUAAUCAAGGCCAAGACUGGCGGCAUUAGCGUCGGUUACCACUCUACCAACUCCCCACUUGCAAUCAACGAGUACGAGGAGGGAUUGGCCUUUGCCGGUUACGCACUCGACCGGAACAUUCCCGAUAUGUACGAAUUGCUUCGGAUGAUCAUCAUGGAGACGAACUUCGAUGGUCCUGAAGCGGAGAAGAACAUUAAGCAAUUGCUCCAAGCUUCGGCCAGCGGAGCGGUCAACACUGUUGCAGAGUCUGGCCACGCUUACGCAAGGCGAUUCGCCGAGGCAGGCUUGACGCCCGCUGGACGGUUGCGCGAGCAGACUACGGGCUUGACCCAGGUCAAGCUGACGACGAACCUCGCGUCCAGGGACUCUCUUUCCGACAUCAUCGACAAGCUCAAGACGAUCCAGUCACUAGCGAUAGCGAAUACCAAGUCUCUGCGCGUGGCUCUGACCUGCGGCUCCGAGAGCUCCUCCACCAACGAAGCCGCACUGAACAAGUUCCUGUCCUCGAUCCCUCAGAGCCCUGCAGCAAUGCCCACAGUCUCGCGGCUAACGAGCUUCCCCCGCAACGCCAAGUCGUUCUUCCCCCUCCCAUACCAAGUCUACUACUCGGGCCUCGCCAUCCCCACGGUCCCAUACACGUCGGCGCAAGGCGCGCCGCUGCAGAUCCUAGCGCAGCUGCUGACGCACAAGCACCUGCACCACGAGAUCCGCGAGAAGGGCGGGGCAUACGGCGGCGGGGCGUACGCGAACGGGCUGGGCGGCAUCUUCGGCUUCUACAGCUACCGCGACCCGAACCCGCAGAACACGCUCAAGAUCAUCAACGAGUCGGGGGUGUGGGCGCGCGAGCGCGACUGGACGCCGCGCGAUCUGGAGGAGGCCAAGCUGAGCGUGUUCCAGGGGCUGGAUGCGCCCGAGAGCGUUAGCCAGGAGGGCAUGCAUCGCUUCCUGAGUGGCGUGAGCCAUGAGAUGCAGCAGACGCGCAGGCAGCAGCUGCUCGAUGUCACGAGGGACGAGGUCAGGGAUGCGGCGGAGAAGUGGCUGGUCCAGGGCGUGCCGAGGGGCCAUUUGGCCGUCUUGGGCGAGAAGAAGGACUUUGUUGGCGAUGACUGGGAAAUCAGGGAUUUGGGCAUGGAGGAGCAGCCCGAGAAGCCCGAUAUGAUUGCAGACCCGCCCGCGUAAGCUAAGUAAGAGGUGGACAAAGAAAGGAGACCCGGUAUGUAUGUAUUUGUAUUAUACUCUACUCACGCUGUUUCUGUUGUUGUUGGUCAGAAGCAUAGCGAAGCGGCGAAGGUGUUAAAUCGACGUUUCUGAACCACGCUCCGUAUUAUAUAUUUCCCGUUCAGCACAUACACACGCACGCGCAAGAAGAACAGACAACGCAAUGCCGCCGACAGUUUUCCUCCGUUGUCGAGCCGCAUUGCCGUGCUUUUUGGCACGUCGCGCAAGAUCAUCGCCCGCCGUACCCCGCCAUAUUAAAUUGUGUGGUUGUGGGUUCGUGGGCGCGCCCUGUGAGAAACUGCCGGGCUGUGAGUGGAAGGUCUGGCGGACUAGAAGGGGCGACAAGGUGUGAGAAGUGGCAUAUAUAUCUAUUUGAGAAACCUCCAUGAGUGUGAAUGAUGAUUAUAUAUAGUACUUCC